GUCUGUUUUGUCCGGUUUGUUCGUUGCACACCGCUUUCACUUGAGAGCUGUCUAGCCGUAAACAUGGUAACUGACAAAAAGUGGAAAGAGUGGAAGCAGUGGCAGCUGCCGAGGCUUCUGUUCAUCGUGAGACCUACUGGCACGUACGAUAACCUUCAUGCUGCUAGCAAGGAGAUCAUUCGCCAGGCAGACGAACAGAAGUUCGAGUGGGCACAGUACAGCAAUCUCUUUCGACACAAAUACAAGGCCCGUCUCGGCUGGAUAGCCGCCAUCGUGUUGUACGAUAACGGAAACGGUUGGCUUCGGCUUCGUACGAAACCCACUUGGAAGAACAAGACAGCAGUCAUCACAAACGUUGCCACAUUGUCUGAUAGUGCGACAUCGAUGGUGGUGCAGUCCCAUAAACGCACAGGUGAUAUGGGAUUCACCCUGCCUACCCAGGCGAAGAAGCCUAGAACCCAAUACUCGCAUGUGCCUCUCCCACCGAACAUAUCGAUUCGUUCCACCAGCAAUGCAACUCGGGCGCGAGAUGUCUUGAGGACUACCUUAUUUCAGGCAGACGAGUUCGAGAGGGAUUCCGUACAGAGCAGCAAGCGCGAGACUGUCCUGGACACCGAGUCAUGUACUUUCAAUCCCAGCAAAGACGUACUGGCUUUGAAUCAAACUUUCUCAUCUGGUUCAGCAUCAACCAGUGACCGGUCCCGAGUCAAUCGCAUAUAUGCUGUAGCCUUCGGGCUUCCCCUUAUUCGAUCCGACGACAUUGUCGAAAUCCUUGUACGGGAUCCUCUUCAGUUCUCGGACGGAACUGUGCUUAAGGCAAGCACUCGCCAUAAGGUGAUUGAGGCGUCUGGCUUGGUGAAGAUCGAUAUUGGAGGUAACCACCAUGCCACCUCUGCGGCUUAUCGUCGUACUCGCCAAGAGUUGCUUGCACACACCGCCCCAAAGAAUCUAGUCAAACUUAACGGUCAAAGCGUUGGCAUACCUAUCGUUGAUGUACGAAAGUGGGCGGAACCUAAGGGGUUGAUCACUGUAGUCGACCGUAUCGUCACUCUUAUAAACAAGACUGCGGAAGAGAAGACACGGCUGAUACUUGUCCGUUGUGACUGCGGCGCCAGAUUGUCGCUCAAUGGAACGUUAGCCACUAUCAAGGAAACCAAGAGACACCUGGUUGGAUGUGAGGACGCGGAAGACAAGAAACAACCAGAUCGGGGUGCGUACUGUUUUUGCUGGGCUUGUUAUACUGCAUUUCCGAGUCGGCGUCGGUAUUCUGCCCACCUGUGCGAGGUGUAGGCGGGUGGUCAGCACAAGACACUUGUUCAAGUCAACGCAUGUCUAUGUCAGCAUAAUCUCGGCUGAUGGAGUGGGAGAAUGAUUCAAAUGAGUGACAGGGUGCGGGCAGCAGUUAGUUCUAGUUCUGCUUGAACGACAUGUGGUUCUUAUUGAGAGGUUCCACUAACUUUGUACCAAACCAAGGAC